AUGAAGAGGAAGAACAGCUGUAAUCAUCCUCCCUUCAUUGAUCCCUCCUCCAAUCCUGUUGAUCCCUCUGUAGCAAGUUCAUUGCCGUUUGUGGAUAACAGUAGGGAAAAAAUGAAGAGGAAGAAGAACUGUAAUUAUCCUCUCUCCAUUGAUCCGUACUCCAAAGUUGAUCCUAGAUCCACCAAUCUAGUUACUCUUAGCUCCUCUAAUCCAGUUGACCCCUCCUUCAAUACAUCAACUUCAUCUAACCCUAUACCCAAUCCAACAAUUAAUGAAAUUAUUUCGGUACGAGGUAUGAAGGAUAAGCGGCGAUGUCUCCCAAUCCCAAUUUUGAUUUCAAAGAUUAUGGAGGAUUAUGGAGUUGUGAUUCACUCAAGCGACGCUAAUUCCACUCCCAUGAAUCCGAUUUAUGGUGGGACAAUAAAAAAGAGUUUGGGGCAAGGGAAGAAGAAGAAAACUCAGCAGCCACAAGUUGAAAUUGAGAAUGAAGUUGAAGCUGAGGAUGAAGUUAAAGCCCAGGAUGUCCCAAAUUCUUCCACAGAUGCUUCUGUUGAAUAUGGGUUUUCUGGUUUCCGUGCUGGAUAUUCAUCUUCUACACUGAGGCUUCAUGGCUGUUUUCAACCUUGGACACGACUGGAUAAUCUUUUCUUUGCUCUUCUCUUAAGAAUUCAGAUUUCACAAACCUUGGCAAUGGUUCUUCUGGCCACAAGCUCUCAAACGUCUCUUUGA